AUGACGUUUCAUGCCCAAUUGCUUUUGGUGCUUUCAAUUUUACUAUCAGCAAACAGUUCCCUUGUACCAAUUACUUCCGUGAAUCACGAUGAAGUCAUGCAGAAUAGUCGACUGACAUUCGUAUCAUUCACGGCUUCUUGGUGUCCAUUUUCUCAGAUGCUUCUGACGUCAUUCACUGAUGCAGCUAUCACAUAUAAAGAGAAGCAUCCGGAGAGAAAAACGAUUUGGGGAAAUGUGGAUUGUAUGAACGAGAAUGAGCUUUCGAAUAAGUAUUCUAUCAAUAAAUAUCCAACGAUGAAAGUGUUUUUCUAUGGUCAUUUGGUAACAGAAUAUCGUGGAUCUCGUCAGGUUCAGGCAUUGAUAGACUACGUGGAGCAGAUGGAGAAUACAACAAGUCUUGUGAAACUGAAUGAAGUUGAGAGUCUGACACAAUGGCAACGAUAUGCUGUACCCCAGAAAGGAACUCUUAUUCUCUGGUUUCCACGUGGAUCUCCGCCAUUCGAGUUGAUUCUUAAAGCAAUCGUAUUGAUUCAUGACCGAUUGACAGUAGUUGUUCCGGAAGUUUCGAAUCUUUUGGAGCAUGAAGAACACAAAUUAUGGUUUUCUUUGGACGGAGAACAUGUUCAACAUUUUAAUGGAAGUGUGACAAAUUUCAAAGAAAUUAUGGAGUGGGUUAAGCAAAGAUCAGAAGGAAUGGUUCGAGAAUUGACAUUUGAGAAUAUGGAAGAAAUGGUUGAAGAUGGAAAACCAAUGCUCAUUUUGCUGCGAAAAAAAGAUGACAAAGAAACAGAGAAGAAGUUUGUAGAGGCUAUUCGCCGGGAAUUGGAGGGAGACCUUCUCUCAAAAGUGAAUCCACUGAUGGCUGACGGAGGAAUUCUCACAGCAGUGCUUCGUCAUUUCAGAAAAGAUGUCAAUGACCUUCCAUUUCUUCUCAUUGAUCAACUUGUUCAUUCUUAUCCAUCUCCCUGGAGUGGUGACGAGAUAUUCGCGAAAGGAAACAUCAAGCAGUUCGUUGUCGACCUGUUCAACGAAACUCAUCACCGUAAGCUUCACAAAAAAGUUGACGAGCUCUUGAAAAAGAUAUUGGCUGAAACAGAGAGAAUUGAAAAACAAGCAGAAUUGGAAGAUCAGAAGACUGAAGCUCCUAAAACACUCACAAAACAAGAGAGUUUGUUCAAACAACUGAAACCAGGAAAGAAUCGGUAUUCUUUCGCAAAAGAAGAACUUUAG